AUGUCUGAAACUAGGACUGGUGAAUACCAGAUCAAGGACAAAGCAAGGACUGGUGAAUACCAGAUCAAGGACAAAGCAAGGACUGGUGAAAACCAGAUCAAGGACAAAGCACCAAAGAGGGCAGCGACAAAGAGGGCAGCAACACAGAAGGAAUUCAGUGAUGCUCUAACUGCUUCUUUGAAUCAAGCACAUGAAGCAGGCAAUGACAUGGCAGAAGAGGGGAGAAAACACCCAAGAGAGGAGAGCGAUGAUGAUGAGAAUGACGAGGCUGAGGAUCAGAUGACCUCAAAGUCCAAGACCAAGCACAGGAAGACAAACAAGGACAAAACCAUCCCAGAAGGCAGCAAGGCAAGCAUUGCAUAUCUAAAUGAUGGGUUGACUCACAGAUUCACACAGGAACAGGAGUCCCGUGUGAAUGUGACAAUCAAGACUGUGACAAAGACCAAAAAGACCAAAAGCAAAGAUCUGGAGCCCGCCAUCAAAGUGGUGAAGAAGUCUCCAUUUCAAAUGACAAUUGACAACAUACAGGCAGAGAUCAAUGAAGCGACCCCAGGCUUUGCCAUGAUAAAUGUCAUGGACGAUAAUGAUUUUAAUUGGGGACCUCUAAUGGAAACGCAAAAGAUCAACACUCAAACCGUCGAUUGGACGUUUGUGAAGCAAUUGGUAGUGGAUACCAAGAAGCACGGACUUCUGAACCGACACACCGAACAUGCGAUCAUCAUAGGAGUAAGGCAGUCAUUGAUUGUGCCUUCUUCCUUGGAGCACCUUCGACUAGGGCAAUACAUCAAUAAUGUCGAAUGGACAGAGGAAGGCCGAGCACUUGAAGUGGUACUCAAGGAGAGCGAGAAGCAGGUGAAGGAGCAUGGAAGUUGGAUCGCAAAGUUUGUGGACCAAGGCAACCAAAAAUAA